CGAACUUUCUGCACCAGGUAUUUUCCAGCAUAAUUGCCAUGAUCGCAACACAUUGACGCUGUAUUGCCAUUUUCCGAUCUACAAUAAGGAGCGUCUUUCUGUUUUGUGAUUACAAGCUAUGAUAGAUUUAGCCCGAUUUGCUCUGGCUGAAAUGAUCAUCAAAGCUGUCUUCUUUUCUCUUCUUCUUAUCCUGAUAUCAGGGAGCAAUGUGUUGCCGAUGGGUCCUCGUGUAUCAUCUGCACAGGAGAUGCAGCUGAGUAACGAAAUUCCCAGCAGCCUAAUUGGGCUGUUUUCAAACAAGCUGGACAAAACCAACCAUAUUCGAGCUUUGUGGAACAUUUUUGAGCUUCCAGCGGAUAUGAGUCUCUCUGUUGGGAAUGCAUUCAGUUUUGACCCGCUUGGCGAAAUGUACCAGUACUGCGUGUGGUUCCAGAAUGAAUUUCAAACCAAUCGGUUCAACAUUUGCAUUCCGUUCCGCUUGAAUGCUAAAGGGACUUUCAAAAUUAAUCAGGAUACUUUGGACGUCAUGUUUAUUCUAAUGAACGGAGUGAUAUCGGUUGUAAUACGCAAAGAAGCCAAAUCAGAGUUAAUCAUGACCUUCGCAUCUCACGAGCAAGGAGUUCUUGUGAGUUUUAACGGACGUGCGGACAUUUUGUAUAAACGCAGCAUCUACCCUUACAUGUUUGGAACAUUCCAACUCGAUAUGGAUCGCACAGAUGCGAAGACCCUGGAAAAAGCUAACGCGUUAUUUCAAGCGAUCAAUAUUACGGAUAAAUGGACACUGAACGCUUCUCUUUCUCUGAUCCAGGGAUCAUUUCAUAAGGAGAAUGAAUUUUCCAUCCGACAAAUAGCAUCACCGGUGCCGUAUCAGGAUAUGGAGCUGGUGUUAUAUCCCAACUACACACUAUUUUUGAACGGCCAGCAUUACUUUACGAUGACGACAUCGCGCUUAUCAUCCACUCUGCUAUACGUACCUCGCGUAGAUGGUGGGAAGCGUAGUCUGACCUUUGACUUCGUCUUCAGCCCGGAUGAUUUAAUCCAGACAAUAGGAUCGGAAAACGACGAGGUUCAUCUGAUCUACAAGCGCUCGGUACCGUGGUUUUAUUUUGGAACGUACGAAGAAGCUAAUAACGGCGCAAGCAAAUCCCCAUCGUUAAGCUACUUCGACUGGAAACCCUCACCAGUAGUACUCGUAAAUACUACAAACGACACAUCGUGCGACGACGUUCCCGUCAAUAGAAGAGUCAAGAUCUUCCAAGAUAGCAUCAGCCGGAAUUACGUUUAUCAGGAUGGUUCGUGCAAAGGGGGAAUGUACAAUAUCCAGUUUCAACUUGGGAGGGCGACACCACUGGAUGUUACUAAUAGCAGCUAUGCCAACGCCACUGUAACCGCCAGAAGCGUGCCAAGUGGCGAUCGCAUCCUUGAUCUAAAUUUUUAUGGAAGCAAUACUUCGAAUUCUAGCACCAAUCAGACGGCACCCAGUCGGCAUAUGUCACUGCAACUGGUUCCGGUAUCCACUGAUCCACUUUUGGGCCUGCGCGUGAUGUUUUAUCUCGCCGACGAGUACAGCAUUUCACGAGCAAUUGGUCGGUUUCGCCGGGUUGUGUCACCGCUCGUUAUGGGGAGAUUUCGGUAUUCGAACGGUUCUAUCCUGCUUUCAGAUUCCGCGUCGAAUGACACACAAGUAGAGAUCUCACAGAUUGGCGACAAUGUCUUUCGUCGCGUGACCAGUCGCAACCAGAGCACCGUGCAGACGCAGAUCUUCACCUUUAACCGACCCUUUCGUAUCAGUGACUACGAUCAAAAAUCGACUAAUGUCACUGUGAUUUGGCACUAUAUGGAGAUGAACGGGAACGUCGUCGUCAAAGCACACCGUGUGGACACCGGUGGACAGCUGGACAUUGAUUCGUAUAUCUUCUCACCGGAAGGCAUAACAUUAUAUUCGUGCGCGACCUUCUUUUGUAAAGCCAGUGGGACAAUUUUACGUGUUAAAUAAAUGGAUGUAUGCAUCCUCGAGACCGCCGCUCGGUGGCGUUUUAACAUACUUAACACUGCACAACUGCCAGCAGAUGGCUAAGCUAUGGUGAGAAUUUAGUCUGUGAAAAUCCUGUUUUCAAAACUUCGUAAUAGUUAGUAAGUUACAUGAAGGUUGUGAUUGAUACAACAUAAAACUGUGCAUAAAGCAAAUCAUAACGUUUUUCAUAAUAAUAUGUGGAUUAGCCAGCAUUUGCAAUAAAAGCCGAAUGUGGACAUUAAAAUUUUAAGCAACAAACUCCCGCAUAAGCACCAAACAAUUUUCUUUCUCCUGCGAUCUUCCCAGUAUCAUCCGUCAUUUGGCAC